AAAACAUCAAACACACCGUGAACUUCAGCUCAACUUAUGAAAUUAAUGAAACUGUUUGUCUGCGUGUCAUGCAGCGCUAGAGUCCCUGAUAAAUGAUGUUCAUCUGUAGAUAAUGACCAGUGUCCAGAUGAGUGCCAGAGACGAGCUGCUGGAGAAGUAUCUGGACUGUUGCUCUCGAGGAGAUCUGGAGAAAGUGUCUGUGAUGAUGUCUCACUCCAGCGAGCUGAUGAAUCAGAGAGGAGAGACGGGCUGGACCGCGAUAAUGUUCGCUGCCAGGAACGGACACUAUGAGCUGGCCAAGCUUCUACUGUCAAAAGGGUGUGAUACGACCGCAACAAACCGGUCCGGUCAGACCGCCCGAGACGUGGCUCUGUUCUGGGGUCACAGACACAUCGCCCGUUUGUUGUCCACCGGCCGAGACCACGAUACCCGUCAGGUUCUGUCCGGCGGAGCGGCUGACGAGCCUGAAAAUUACUUCAACAGAGAGUUUCUCGACAGAACGAGUGAAAAACGAACUAAUUCAGAGUGGCUCGCUGCCAAACGCUCUUCUCCAGAGACCGUUUUUAUUCUGUUUCACAAUCUGAAUCCUCUCGUAACAUCUCGAGCUAAAGAUGGGAAUGAUGGCCGGUCCGAUAUGACAUUGUGUAAACUCACAGUGACUUCAGUGGAGCAGCUGCUGAAGAAGAGCGAGACGAUGGUGAUUUUCUUGGGGGUUGAGAAGCAGGAGAGAUGCCCCAACCUAUCUGUGUGGCCGGAGAGUGACGGGCUGGUGGCCUGGUUUGCUCUGAACACCGAAAACGAUCCCACAGAAUCCCUUAAAGCAAAAGAUCCGAACAGUUUCUUCCUUAACGGACCCAUGCCGGGACUGUUAAAGCUGAGUGAUGAUGAUGCAGGGGUCAUUGCUCAGGCCCGGUCUGUUCUCGCGUGGCACAGCAGAUACAGUUUCUGUCCAACAUGUGGAAGCAACACUAAAGUAGAAGAGGGCGGUUACAAGAGGACCUGUUUGAGAGCUGGCUGCAGAAGUCUCCAGGGCGUUCAUAACACCUGUUAUCCCAGAGUUGAUCCUGUGGUCAUCAUGUUAGUAAUUCAUCCUGAUGGGAAUCAGUGUCUGUUGGGACGCAAGAAGAUUUUCCCUCCAGGAAUGUUUUCCUGCCUUGCUGGUUUUAUAGAACCAGGUGAGAUGAUAGAAGCAGCUGUGAGGAGAGAAGUUCUGGAGGAGAGCGGCGUUCAGGUGGGCGUGGUCCAGUACCUGUCCUGUCAGGCGUGGCCGAUGCCGUCUUGCCUGAUGAUUGGCUGCCACUGUGUCGCUGUGACAACCGACAUCAAAGUGGAUGAAAAUGAAAUCGAAGAGGCUCGCUGGUUUACACGGCAACAGGUGAUCGACGCUCUUGUUAAAGACAAACAGGCCGUUUUCAGCAUGCCGCCCAGACAAGCCAUCGCUCAUUACCUAAUCAAACACUGGAUCGGCUUCAACUCCAAUCUCUAAACUGUGUUUCAAAUCGUUCAUUUGGAUUUGUACGGCUUGUAUAAAAUGGUAUGAAGAUGUAUUAAUCAAAUUAAUUUAUUGACCAUCUUCUGUGUGUAGUUCAUUGCCACUAAUGUAAUAUAAAAAAUAAUAAUAAUAAUAAUAAUUGUGGUUAUUUUUAAAACUCAUGUAUUAAAUGUCUUGACAUAUAUAUAUAUAUAUGUUGCAAACAGGAAACAGUAUGGUCAAGUUAUAUUUCACACUGAUGUGGUUUUGCAAUGCAACAUGACGAUGUCCUCUAAUGCACACGCAACUGCACAUGCAACAGUGACAUGAUUGACAGUUGCAUGAGAUUCUGAUAUACAGAUGUGAGAUCGUCUUUCACAGUCUGGAAAUGUUGGAAGAUAAAUGUAGAGCUCAACCCACAAUUUAUCUGUUUUGAACAUAAUCCAAAUUACGUCGUCAUGGCAACCAAGUUAUAAAAUUGUCUAUAUCUUCCCACAGAUGUGGUCAGUGAGUGAUUUAAUGACAGUAAAAUCAUGUUAACACACAUAUUGUUUAUGUCUUGUGUCUAUACUUGUGAAACAGUAUUUUAAUGUUUACAGAUUAAACCCCAUU